CUGGUCACACUCGAGCAGCUUUUAUUGCAAAUUUUUAUUUCUAUAAUUCAGGAGAAUUUGCAUUUUAAAGCGAAAAACAAGCUGUUUCUGCGCCCAAAAUAGCAACUACCGGACAGCACUGUUGUGGAAGCGGAUUGCGGAUCAUCACCAGUAUUACGUAUAGGCCAUCGAAUCCCAGUGACCCGUUUCCAUCAGAUAUUCAAUGUCGGCGUCACAACGCGGCGGAUGCAACAACAAAUGAGUAUAAUUGUUCUGAGCCAAUAAAGUGCACGCUGUGUGGGCCGACGACUCCAAUGCGCCGCUAGCAGGGAUCAGGAGCAGUCGGGGCCAUGUCCAGUUCGGUGUUUACGGAGGCGCCCAGCGCCCGGCCGGCGGCGGCGGAUGGCGACUCCAAUCUGGUGGUGGUCUACAGCAAGAACGGAGUCUCCUUUGACGAGCGCGCCAUUGGGAACAUCAUGGAGGAAAAAUCGAUUUCCACCAUUAGCGUGGUGCGACUAACUUCGCCCACGCCCAGCAUGGUGGAUCAGGAGGAGGCCGAGCGGCUGGAGGAGCUGGAGAGUUUCCUGGAGGCGGCCACCGACUCUGAGCUGGACAGCGACAAUGGCAGCCAAAGUGGCGGCGAAGAUGCCAGCGAUGCGAGUGCCCAGGACGAGGAGAAUCAAAACAGCGGCGAGGAGAACAAUGGUGACUCCACGGAGACGGAAACCGAUGCGCCGCGCACCCGCAGGCGUGCCGGUCGCAAGCCCAAGGCCAUUAAAAAGCGGAAACGACGCCGACCCAAGGAGCGACCGCAAAUCGUGGGCCUGCGGGUGGAGCAGUUCUAUGCGGACGGCACGGCCGAUAUGGUUGUGAAAAACGCCCUGAAGCUGGCCGGAGUUUCCUGCUACAAAAGGACCGCGGAGACAGACGCCCUGAUGGAAGUGAUACGUAACGACCACAACUACACACCAUUCACCUCGCCGGAGGAACUGAAGAACCACAAGCGGGCCGAGAAGAUGGCCAUGGAAAUGCAGGCCCAAAGCCGCAAGAUCAUUAUGCAGGCACCGGGAAGCGUGAAGUUAAUUAAUGCCAAAAAGCGGGUCCAGACCAUUCCCCUCAGUCCGCUGCAGGUGAAGGUCCAGAGACUGCCCAUGAAGCCCACCCCAGUUCAGCAGCCGACGCAUCUGCAACCCAAGGUGCAGCUGAUCCGCAAGACCAUCCAACAGCCACUGCCAAGACCGAAGCCAGAGAUUAACGCGAGUCCCGUGGUGAGUGUGAGGCCGCGGCCGACUCGCGCCCCCGUCAAGGUGAUUGCUCCUGUCCAGGACUACAUCGAAGACGAUGACGAUGCGCAAAGCUCGGAUCCCGCUGACGAGGAGAACGCCGAUAAGUCCUACGACACGGAGGAAUUGAGCGAGGAGAGCGAUGACUUUCAGGACUCGGACAACGACAGGGACAGCGACAUGGACUUCAAUAUGAGGCGCAGCGGUGGCCGCAACCCAAACAAACGGAAGCGGAUGAGGAAGGUGAUCAGGCCAGUGCAAACGAAGCCAGCGAAGCCUCUGCCCCUGGCUCCAUCAACGCCCCAACACUUCCCCGAGCUGAAGAAACGAAAGGAAGUCGUAGAACAAAAGGCUCCGCAGAUCGGCCAAAUCAUACAGUUGCCCCCGAAGGCGCCGCCCUCGGUGAUUGCCCUGGGCAGAGGUCUUGCGAGCACCUCGUUCCUCAAGAUCCGACCCACACAUCAGACGCUGCCCGUCAAGAAGCCGCCACUGCCAGCGACUGCCGCAAAUACCAAAGUUCGCCGUAUGCCGGUCGUGCACUUGGGCAGAAUCAUAAACUCGGCCACGCCCGGCGUUUUUACCACUCCGCCGCAGGAAGGAGUCAAGGAGAUUAUCAUAAACAAGAACAUGGCCAGUCCGAAGGGUGUGUUCACCAACCUCAACAGUCUGCUGGGCGAGAAUAACAAUGCAACCAUCAAAUCGUCACCAGAUCCCCUACGCCACCGGGCCGUAAUGUCGCCCAGCACCCCGAGAUCGAGCUACAGCCAGCAGUUGGCGCCAAUUGUCGUGCCUGUUCCUGCUCAGGCUCAAGCUCCCAACCCGUCCAAGGGUUUUAUGCCCAUCGGUGUGGACACGGCCCAGUCGCAUAAGCUGCCCUCUCAAAUUGUGAUCGAAACCCACCAGAGCUCCUCCGAGUUGGCGGCGGAAAAUGACAAGCAGCUUGAUCUGAUCAACUCGAUUGUGCAGGAUGAACUGCUGAAGACAACGCUGGUGGAACAGCCGACAGUGAAUGCGGACGAGGAUAUACCAAAACUUGUGAAGAUGCUGGAGAGUACAGCGGCGGGUUUGGAUCAAGCGGCCGUGUCCUUGCCCACGCCGAGCUUUGCCACUUCAGAGAUGCAGGGAGUUAACAACUCUGCCGUGGUGGAUCCCAUUGACAUCACCGACGAGGAUGAGAUCACGGCAGAUUUCCUUCAACACGUGGUCGGUCUCAUCGAGGAGGACAAACAGUUUGAGGCCGAGGUGGUGAAGCAAGUGCUGGCCAGCGCUGAACCAGGUGCCCUGGAUUCCAUUGUGUCGUUACCCACGCCCGCGCAGCCUGUAAUCUUGCCACAAGCGCCCAUUGUUCAGCAACAAGUGAACAUGCCAUCUCAGGCAGUUCUUGUUGAAGCUGCGAUGCCCUCAUUGCCCAUCGCCUGCAGCACACCUUCGAGGAGCGUGGCAAACCCGCUUCCUACCUCGGCGAAGGUUGUGCGUGGCAACGGGCGGGUCAUUUACCUUCCUCCCAUCGAAGCGCCCACCACGCGGGCCAAGCGACGGGCGCAAUUUCCUCCGACCCCGGGAAUGGCCACCACCGGCACGGGGGAUCUGAGCAACCUGUCAUUUGGUGAUACGUCGCUGGAUACAAGCAUCAAUCAGGUGGCCAAUAGUAGCAGCCUCAGCAACGACAGCCAGUCGGGAGUUGGCCCCAAACGACCCAAUCCCAGAGAGCCAUCGAUGGCCAGGCGCUCAACGGUGCCCAGAAGAUCGAAGAAACUGAACACAAGUCAAAGCAAUGAUCCCGAUGCUUCAGAAUCUCAGGAGGAUGACGAUGAUCCCAAUAAGCUCUGGUGUAUUUGUCGUCAGCCGCACAACAAUCGCUUCAUGAUCUGCUGCGAUUUGUGCGAGGAUUGGUUCCACGGCACAUGUGUGGGGGUGACCAAGGCAAUGGGCACAGAGAUGGAACAAAAGGGCGUCGACUGGAAGUGCCCCAAAUGCGUUAAAAAGCAGGAGGAAAAGAACCAGCCAAGGAUAACGGAAAUGUUGGUCACCAGAACAACCGCAGAAGCCGAUGAAAAACCCAAAGAAACCAAAGUGUUGACGUUGCCAGCAGAGUUUGGCCAGGUAACGACGCCCAGGAGAACGCUGCCGGUGGGUGUUACGGUGGCCAGCUCGCCCGUACGUGUUCCCAUGAUGAAACCAGUCAAGAAAUUCCCAGCCGGUACUGUCACCCACCAGCAGCAGCAGUUAAACUUCAUCAAAUUGGGCCCAUCCCCUGCCAACCGCAUGUCGGAAUCAAUAUGCGUGGUGUGCAAGCGGCCAGCAAGUCCUCAUUCGGUUUACUGUGGCGAGGAGUGUAUACGAAAGUAUGCACAGAGUGCCCUUCAAGCGCACACAGCCACCAAGGCACCAGAAAGUCCAGUGCCACACAAUGCCAGCACUCAAUCGCCACUGAACAACUCACUGGAGGCGAAGAAAAACAAGAAGAAGGAUCUAUUCGAGGACGUGUUGAGGCAGGCGGACUCCGUGUCAAAAGUGGAACGGAUAAAUGUGUUUGAACGUAGAAGUGGUCGAGUAAUCACCGGUCACUUGGCCCCCACCGCGCAUCAAUUCCGCAAAUGGCUGCAGGAGAAUCCCACCUUCGAGGUGCUGCCCUCCGGAACCCUUCACUCAGCCGACGUAGAGAAGCGUCAGUUGAAACGCGCACCGGAAGUAUCUUCCGUCGACGAAUCGGGAACACCAGCAGUGCAAAAGAAGCCGCUUGAAGCUGCAACUAAACUUUCCCAACCCAUCACAGUUCAGGUUAACCCACUGGGCAUCUCCUCCGUGCGUCCCCUGGCCAAGAAAGUGAUCGAUAAGGAGAAAGAGAAAGAGAAGCCGCCGCCGCCACAAGUGGCCACUCCGGUGCGAAGCGACGGAAGACCCGAGCCAGUUCGGAUUGGCAUCCGGCGGUCACUGCGAGAGCAACUGCUGGCGAGGAUCAAGGAAGCCCAGGCUGAGGAGCAAACUGACAACCAGACUGCCAAUCAGACCACAACCCAGUGGCUGACGUCAUUCGAGGUGGAUCAGUUUGUCAAGAGCGUGGAACUGGAAAUGUUCAACUCGUUCGGACGCGACGUGGGAGCCAAGUAUAAGGCCAAGUACCGCUCGCUAAUGUUUAACAUCAAGGAUCGCAAGAAUCGGACUCUGUUCGAGAAGAUUUGUGCCAAGCAGGUGGAGCCCAAGCAACUGGUGCGGAUGACGCCGGAGCAGUUGGCCAGCCAAGAGCUGGCCAAGUGGCGGGAGGAGGAGAACCGGCAUCAGUUGGACAUGAUCAAGAAAUCCGAGCUGGACAUGCUGUCAUGUGCCCAAAACUAUGUGGUGAAGACCCACAAGGGUGAGGAGGUGAUCGCCACCAAGGUGGAUGUGACCCUGCCCGAGGAGGAUAUCAACGCACCCGCAACGGUUGACAAAAAGCAGACGUCGUUGGUCAGUGAGCCAGAUACCUCCGCACCAGAACGUUCCAUUGCCAGGGACAAGUCGGCGACGUCCAAGGAGAAGCGACACAAGAGCCACAAGCAUCAUCACCGCAAGCGGAGUCGCAGUCGCUCCAAUAGUCGUGGACGAACCGUGGACAAGCGCCAUCGCAGGCACCACAACGAGGGCGAGUCGGGCACGGGAUCAGGUGGCGGCGAUCGCGACCGUGAGCAUCGGUCCCGCGACAAACAGAGCCGGGAAAAAGACGAGGCAGUCCACUCACCCAUCGCCAAAAAGAGAGACGAAAACGAUGUGUCGCCUGUGGCCAAAAAGAUGCCGGAAAAGAAAGCAGAGGCGAGUGCCUACAACCUGAUCGAUCAAAUUCUGGAGUCUGAGAAAACGGUUGAGCAGGCGGCGAACCUGGGACAACCCAAAGCGACACCCAAGCCGCUUCCAACGCUUCCAACGCUCCCAAGCUCCUCAAAGCCCCCCGAGCCGAUGGAUAGCAACUAUGCGCGCUAUGUGCAGGGUCAGGCCACCAGUCCGCUGUGGUCCGGACCCCUGAAGAUGAUCGAUGUGACCGAGUUCGACGUUGCGAUGCACCCGGUUCAGGGCAACUGCCACCAGAUGGGCAAGCUGAUGCCCAGCCAGCUGGACGUGAUCGGUCGCAUUACCCGCGUUAAUGUCUGGGAGUACAUCAAGAAGCUGAAAAAGAGCCCCACCAAGGAGGUGGUCAUCGUGAACAUAUUCCCCGCCACGCCUAACGACACGUUCAAGUUCGAUCUCUUCUUCGACUACCUCGACUCGCGUCAGCGGUUGGGCGUCAUGGGCGUGGAUUCGGAUCAGAUCAGGGACUUUUACAUAUUCCCCUUGGGCACCGGCGAUCCAUUGCCCGCUGCUCUCCAGACCACGGACCGGGUGCCCUUCUACGAGGAUGUCCACAGACCCAACACGCUGCUGGGGAUCAUCGUGCGCUGUCUGAGCAAACGACCGCCGGAGGCUCAGACCACGCCCCCAUCAGUGCCUUCUCCGGUUCCCGCUGCCAGCAGCAAGGCGGCCAAGAAACCUCGCAGCACGACCUCGUUCACGCCGCAAAUCAGCCCCAAACGUAAGGCCAGCACCCACUCCACCAGCUCCAAGGAUGAUGAGUUCGAUAUUGAUGCCAUCAUCAAGGCGCCCAUUGCAAAGCUGCAGAAGACGGUACCCAAACCUGUGCCCCUGCCACCGGCCAAUAACGAUGCCGAUGAUGAGCCCUACUCACCCGGCGGCUCCGAUGACGAAUUGGUUCCGGCUGAUCCAAGGGUUUCCAACGAUCUUGAGCGGCAGGUGAAUGAAAUCAACAAGCAAAUUGCCGCGCAGCAGAUGGAAAUCGCUGGUCUUCUUAAAGUGGAGCCUACGGGAUCUGCGUCCUCGUCGAAUGUCCUAGCCGGCAUAUCAAUUCCACCAAAUCUUUCAAAGAUUCUGGCCAGCAUCAAGGACAAGGCGGACCUGUCAGCCAGCGAAUACAAUCCCGAGGACGCAAUCACCACGACCAGUGCAUUUGCAGCGAAGCCGAAGAGCAAAGGUCGUUUGGCGCAUCUAAGUGAAGCUGAGCUUCUUAGCAUGGUUCCGGACAAUCUGGCUGGCGUGAUACCCAGCUCGUCGAUGACCCGCCACCAGCAGCCGGCGCCGCCGCCGCUUCCGCCACCGCCACCACCUCCUGGUGUUUAGGGUGUUAGCCCCCACCUGGAUGUAGGCCCAACCCGCGCGCCAAUCCCCCUCUAAUCGUUAUUAGUUUCUGAAUUCUGAAUUCACGACUCUUGAUUUGAAAUUGUCCCUCGACCGCCCCCACUCUCCCCCUUCUCAUUGUGUACAUUCUCAUCCAGCGAAUUCAAUACCAUCUCUGUAUUAUAUCUGGCCAAACGCUACCAUUUAGUUUUCAGUCCUCCCAAUCCCGCCCCCCGCCACCGCCCCGCCCUCGCACUUAAAGAGGAUCUUCUAACGCGUUGCAAUGCAAGUUGAGGAUCGGUUCUUCGCAUUAUACUGUGUACUCUAUCAAGUCCUGUACAUUUCCUCGAAAAUAAAAAGUGCUACGUAACAUUUGUUUUAGGGAUACGAUAA